GGCAGCGGUGGGUUGGGGACUGAGGCGCCGCUUCUGUGGUCGCGGCUGGGACGUACGCCGGCGCCACCAUCUUCCGCUGAAGAGGUGCUUGCUCGUGGACCCUUCUGCUCACCAUGGCACAAAGAACUGGCCUGGAAGACCCCGAGAGGUAUCUCUUUGUGGACAGGGCGGUCAUCUACAACCCUGCCACCCAAGCCGACUGGACGGCUAAGAAGUUGAUGUGGAUCCCAUCAGAGCGCCAUGGCUUCGAGGCGGCGAGCAUCAAAGAAGAGCGGGGGGAUGAGGUUAUGGUGGAGCUGGCUGAGAACGGCAAGAAGGCCAUGGUCAACAAGGAUGACAUUCAGAAGAUGAAUCCCCCCAAGUUCUCCAAAGUGGAGGACAUGGCAGAGCUGACCUGCUUGAACGAGGCGUCCGUCCUGCAUAACCUGAAGGAUCGCUACUAUUCAGGACUCAUCUAUACCUAUUCCGGACUCUUCUGCGUGGUCAUCAAUCCGUACAAGAAUCUCCCGAUUUACUCUGAGAACAUCAUCGAGAUGUACAGAGGGAAGAAGCGGCAUGAGAUGCCCCCGCACAUCUAUGCCAUCUCCGAGUCUGCCUACAGAUGCAUGCUUCAAGAUCGUGAGGACCAGUCAAUUCUCUGCACGGGCGAAUCCGGAGCUGGGAAGACAGAAAAUACCAAGAAAGUCAUUCAGUACCUUGCUCAUGUUGCCUCUUCGCAUAAAGGAAGGAAGGACCACAAUAUUCCUCAGGAAUCGCCUAAACCAGUAAAACACCAGGGGGAACUUGAACGGCAGCUUCUGCAAGCAAAUCCCAUUCUGGAAUCAUUUGGAAAUGCAAAGACUGUGAAAAAUGACAACUCGUCUCGCUUUGGCAAGUUUAUUCGAAUCAACUUUGAUGUAACUGGGUAUAUUGUUGGGGCCAACAUCGAAACAUACCUUCUGGAAAAGUCUCGGGCUGUCCGCCAGGCCAAGGACGAACGCACGUUUCAUCUCUUUUACCAGCUGCUGGCCGGGGCCGGGGAACACUUGAAAGCUGAUUUGCUUCUUGAGGGGUUCAACAACUACAGAUUUCUCUCCAACGGCUACAUCCCUAUUCCGGGACAGCAAGACAAGGACAACUUCCAGGAAACGAUGGAAGCAAUGCACAUCAUGGGCUUCUCCCACGAAGAGAUUCUGUCAAUGCUCAAGGUCGUUUCUUCUGUGCUGCAAUUCGGAAAUAUUUCCUUCAAAAAGGAGAGGAACACUGAUCAAGCCUCCAUGCCGGAAAACACAGUUGCGCAGAAGCUGUGCCACCUGCUGGGGAUGAACGUGAUGGAGUUCACCCGGGCCAUCCUCACCCCCCGGAUCAAGGUCGGCCGAGACUACGUGCAGAAAGCCCAGACCAAAGAGCAAGCAGACUUUGCAGUAGAAGCACUGGCUAAAGCGACCUACGAGCGACUCUUCCGCUGGCUCGUUCACCGGAUUAAUAAAGCCCUGGACAGGACCAAGCGCCAGGGGGCAUCUUUCAUCGGGAUCCUGGACAUUGCUGGAUUUGAAAUCUUUGAGCUGAACUCCUUCGAGCAGCUGUGCAUCAACUACACCAACGAGAAGCUGCAGCAGCUCUUCAACCACACCAUGUUCGUGCUGGAGCAGGAGGAGUACCAGCGCGAGGGCAUCGAGUGGAACUUCAUCGACUUCGGCCUCGACCUGCAGCCCUGCAUCGACCUCAUCGAGAGACCCGCGAACCCUCCUGGGGUGCUGGCCCUGCUGGACGAAGAGUGUUGGUUCCCCAAAGCCACCGAUAAGACCUUCGUGGAGAAGCUGGUUCAGGAGCAAGGCUCUCACUCCAAAUUCCAGAAGCCCCGGCAGCUGAAAGACAAAGCUGACUUUUGCAUCAUACACUACGCGGGGAAGGUGGACUACAAGGCCGACGAGUGGCUGAUGAAGAACAUGGACCCCCUGAAUGACAACGUGGCCACCCUUCUGCACCAGUCCUCAGACAGAUUUGUGGCCGAGCUCUGGAAAGACGAGAUUCAGAAUAUUCAGAGAGCCUCUUUCUAUGACAGUGUUUCUGGUCUUCCUGAGCCACCAGUGGACCGCAUCGUGGGCCUGGACCAGGUCACCGGGAUGACCGAGACGGCCUUCGGCUCGGCAUACAAGACCAAGAAGGGCAUGUUCCGGACAGUGGGGCAGCUCUACAAGGAGUCCCUCACCAAGCUGAUGGCCACCCUGCGCAACACAAACCCCAACUUCGUCCGCUGCAUCAUCCCCAACCAUGAGAAGCGGGCCGGGAAACUGGACCCCCACCUGGUGCUGGACCAGCUGCGCUGCAACGGGGUCCUGGAGGGGAUCCGCAUCUGCCGCCAGGGUUUCCCCAACCGGAUCGUCUUCCAGGAGUUCAGGCAGAGAUACGAGAUCCUGACGCCCAACGCAAUCCCCAAAGGGUUUAUGGACGGCAAACAGGCUUGUGAGCGAAUGAUCCGAGUGUUAGAACUGGACCCUAACCUGUACAGGAUCGGGCAGAGCAAGAUCUUCUUCCGCGCCGGCGUCCUCGCACACCUCGAGGAAGAGAGAGACUUAAAAAUCACGGACAUCAUCAUCUUCUUCCAGGCUGUCUGCCGAGGCUACCUCGCCAGGAAGGCCUUUGCCAAGAAGCAGCAGCAGCUGAGUGCCCUGAAGGUCCUGCAGCGGAACUGCGCAGCCUACCUGAAGCUGCGGCACUGGCAGUGGUGGCGCGUCUUCACAAAGGUGAAGCCUCUGCUUCAAGUGACCCGCCAAGAGGAAGAACUCCAGGCCAAAGACGAAGAGCUGCUGAAGGUGAAGGAGAAGCAGACCAAGGUGGAGGGCGAGCUGGAGGAGAUGGAGAGGAAGCAUCAGCAGCUCCUGGAGGAGAAGAGCAUCCUCGCGGAGCAGCUGCAGGCCGAGACGGAGCUCUUCGCCGAGGCGGAGGAGAUGCGCGCGCGCCUGGCGGCCAAGAAGCAGGAGCUGGAGGAGAUCCUGCACGACCUGGAGUCCAGGGUGGAGGAGGAGGAGGAGAGGAACCAGCUGCUGCAGAACGAGAAAAAGAAGAUGCAGGCCCACAUCCAGGACCUGGAGGAGCAGCUGGAUGAGGAGGAGGGCGCCAGGCAGAAGCUGCAGCUGGAAAAGGUCACGGCGGAGGCCAAGAUCAAGAAGAUGGAGGAGGAGAUCCUGCUGCUCGAGGACCAGAACUCCAAGUUCAUCAAAGAGAAGAAGCUCACGGAAGACCGCAUUGCUGAGUGCUGCUCGCAGCUGGCCGAAGAGGAGGAGAAGGCCAAGAACUUGGCCAAGACACGCAAUAAGCAGGAAGUGAUGAUCUCAGAUUUAGAAGAACGGCUCAAGAAGGAGGAGAAGACGCGGCAGGAGCUGGAGAAGGCCAAACGGAAACUGGACGGGGAGACCACCGACCUGCAAGACCAGAUCGCCGAGCUGCAGGCCCAGAUCGACGAGCUCAAGGCCCAGCUGACCAAGAAGGAGGAGGAGCUCCAGGGGGCCUUGGCCAGGGGGGACGACGAAGCCCUGCACAAGAACAACGCGCUGAGAGUGGUGCGGGAGCUGCAGGCGCAGAUCGCCGAGCUGCAGGAGGACUUCGAGUCCGAGAAGGCGUCGCGGAACAAGGCGGAGAAGCAGAAGAGGGACUUGAGUGAGGAGCUGGAGGCGCUGAAGACGGAGCUGGAGGACACCCUGGACACGACCGCGGCCCAGCAGGAGCUCCGUACAAAACGUGAGCAGGAAGUGGCAGAGCUCAAGAAGGCUCUGGAGGAGGAGACGAAGAACCACGAGGCGCAAGUCCAGGAUAUGCGGCAGAGGCACGGCACCGCCCUGGAGGAGCUCUCGGAGCAGCUGGAGCAGGCCAAGAGGUUCAAAGCGAACCUGGAGAAGAACAAGCAGGGCCUGGAGACGGACAACAAGGAGCUGGCGUGUGAGGUGAAGGCUCUGCAGCAGGUCAAGGCCGAGUCGGAGCACAAGAGGAAGAAGCUCGACGCCCAGGUCCAGGAGCUCCACACCAAGGUCUCUGAAGGGGACAGGCUACGGGUGGAGCUGGCCGAGAAAGCCAACAAGUUGCAGAAUGAAUUGGACAGUGUCUCCACACUUCUGGAAGAAGCGGAGAAGAAGGGGAUUAAAUUCGCUAAGGACGCAUCUGGUCUGGAGUCGCAGCUGCAAGACACGCAGGAGCUGCUGCAGGAAGAGACGCGGCAAAAGCUGAACCUGAGCAGCCGGAUCCGGCAGCUGGAGGAGGAGAAGAACAGCCUGCAGGAGCAGCAGGAGGAAGAGGAGGAGGCUAGGAAGGCCCUGGAGAAACAGGUGUUGGCCCUGCAGUCCCAGCUGGCCGAUAGCAGGAAGAGGGUCGAUGACGACGUGGGGACCAUUGAAGGCUUGGAAGAAGUCAAGAAGAAGCUUCUCAAGGACGUGGAGGCCCUGAGCCAGCGGCUGGAGGAGAAGGCGCUGGCGUUCGACAAGCUGGAGAAGACCAAGAACCGGCUGCAGCAGGAGCUGGACGACCUGACCGUCGACCUGGACCACCAGCGCCAGAUCGUCUCCAGCCUGGAGAAGAAGCAGAAGAAGUUUGACCAGCUGCUGGCAGAGGAGAAGAACAUCUCGGCCCGCUACGCGGAGGAGCGCGACCGCGCCGAGGCAGAGGCCCGGGAGAAGGAGACCAAGGCCCUGUCCCUGGCCCGGGCCCUCGAGGAGGCGCUGGCAGCCAAGGAGGAGUGUGAGCGGCAGAACAAGCAGCUGCGCGCAGACAUGGAGGACCUGAUGAGCUCCAAGGACGACGUGGGCAAGAGCGUCCAUGAGCUGGAGAAGUCCAAGCGGGCCCUGGAGCAGCAGGUGGAAGAGAUGCGGACGCAGCUGGAGGAGCUGGAGGACGAGCUGCAGGCCACAGAGGACGCCAAGCUGCGGCUGGAGGUCAACAUGCAGGCCAUGAAGGCCCAGUUCGAGCGGGACCUGCAGACCAGGGACGAGCAGAAUGAAGAGAAGAAGCGGCUGCUGGUUAAGCAGGUCCGGGAGCUGGAGGCGGAGCUGGAGGACGAGCGCAAACAGCGGGCGCUCGCCGUGGCCGCCAAGAAGAAGAUGGAAAUGGACCUGAAGGACCUCGAGGCCCAGAUGGAGGCAGCGCACAAAGCCCGGGACGAGGUGCUCAAGCAGCUCCGCAGGCUGCAGGCCCAGAUGAAGGAUUACCAGCGGGAGCUGGAAGAGGCGCGGGCCUCCCGGGACGAGAUCUUUGCGCAGUCCAAGGAGAGCGAGAAGAAGCUGAAGAGUCUGGAGGCAGAAAUACUGCAGCUGCAGGAGGAGCUUGCCUCGUCGGAGCGGGCCCGCCGCCACGCCGAGCAGGAGAGGGACGAGCUGGCCGACGAGAUCGCCAACAGUGCUUCUGGCAAGUCCGCGCUGCUGGAUGAGAAGCGGCGGCUGGAGGCGCGGAUCGCGCAGCUGGAGGAGGAGCUGGAGGAGGAGCAGAGCAACACGGAGCUGCUCAAUGACCGCUUCCGCAAAACCACCCUUCAGGUGGACACCCUGAAUGCCGAGCUGGCGGCCGAGCGCAGCGCCGCCCAGAAGAGCGACAGCGCGCGCCAGCAGCUGGAGCGGCAGAGCAAGGAGCUGAAGGCCAAGCUGCAGGAGCUGGAGGGCACCGUCAAGUCCAAGUUCAAGGCCACCAUCUCAGCCCUGGAGGCCAAGCUCGGGCAGCUGGAGGAGCAGCUGGAGCAGGAGGCCAAGGAGCGAGCAGCUGCCAACAAACUGGUCCGCCGUACGGAGAAGAAGCUGAAGGAGAUCUUCAUGCAGGUGGAAGACGAGCGCCGACAUGCGGAUCAGUACAAAGAGCAGAUGGAGAAGGCCAACGCCAGGAUGAAGCAGCUGAAGCGGCAGCUGGAGGAGGCAGAGGAGGAAGCUACACGUGCCAACGCAUCUCGGCGUAAACUCCAGCGGGAGCUGGACGAUGCCACCGAGGCCAACGAGGGCCUGAGCCGUGAGGUCAGCACCCUCAAGAACCGGCUGAGGCGCGGUGGCCCCAUCAGUUUCUCUUCGAGCCGAUCCGGCCGGCGCCAGCUGCACCUCGAGGGGGCGUCCCUGGAGCUGUCCGACGACGACACAGAGAGCAAGACCAGUGACGUCAACGAGACGCUGCCGCCCCCGCCGUCGGAGUAGAGCCGUGGGAGCACCAAGGCCACGGGUACAGCGGACACAGCUUGCCUGCCGCCCAAGUGGCUGCCCGCAAACAGGGACUGAGCGCCCCACGGGCUCCCAAGCGGAAGGAAGAUCCGCUGUGUCUGAGGGCUCUCCGGCUGCUCGUACUGUAUCCUGCUUUGACUUUAGGUACAAUCGCGCCCCUUUUCUACAUAUGUAUAUAUUUAUAUAUAUAUACAUACAUACAUAUAUACACGCGCCCCACACACACUAUUAAAUCGAUUGUCUCCUCAUUGCAUCCACUUCCCCUGUACUCACCGGGAGGCCAUGUGACAGCCCCUGUUAAGAGGAGACCCUCCCGCCCCCUUGUCCCCAGGCGCGGGGUCAUAGCGGGGGCUGCCCGGCACUCUGCAUGCUCGGGGGUACAGACCGGACCUAGGUUUCGUGUUCACGUCCCCCCCAAGCCACACGGAGUCUCUCCGAACAUUGUGGAACGUAGACUGCACUUGUAGCUCAUCUUCUUCAACACUGAUCAUUAUUUCAGUGAGCAAACUGUGAAGGGGCUGGGGGGGCGGGGGGGGAACCAGAGGGGCGGCCAGCAUCCAUGUGGGGGUUGCCCUGCCCGCCUCCCAAGGGGUGGCUGUGCCCCUCUAGUUGGUGAUGCCCCCACAUCUGUUCCUGUGAACUGUCCCUGGCCAGGGCUCGUCUGUGCGUAGGGGACAGUGGCUGGGAUACCGCCCCCGGCGUGGCCCCACGUGCAGCCCCCACUUUUGACUUGGGGGGGGGGGGUUCUCAUCCCUGACUUGUCAGAAGCCGGCAGCUCUGGGCCCCUAAGCAGGUGGCGUGGAAGGCCCAGCCCACCCCUCACCAGCCCGGCUCUCCUGCUGACCUUGCAAAUUCAGCCGCUGCUUUGAGCCCAAAAUGGGAGUCUUGGUGUCUUGUUCCCAGACGUGUUCCCUGUUUGUCUGGGAAGCGCAGAGCCUCCAGACAAGACGCCAUCUGCCUCAAUGUUGGCAGGCCAGUGGAUGGGAAUCCCUUCCCAGUCCCACCCCCACCCCACCCCACACCCUCCGGACAGUGUUAAUAGCAAGCAUCUAGCAUUCUUUUGGUUGGUAGUUGAGCAAACUGACAUUACAGAAAGUGCCUUAGACACUACAGUACUAAGACAAUGUUAAAUCUAUUAUUUGCCUCCACAACAAUUUAACGCGUUGUUUUGACUGUGCUUCCUAUCAUGUACCUCUGUAGUCGAAGUGGCAUCACAGACCUUCAGUGACGAGGAAUCAGUGUUAACUCUAGACCCUUGCUCCUCUGCAGCGUGCUUGACCACACACGCCCUUUGGGUUAAAAGCUUUAACAUCUGUUAGGAAGAAUCUGUCGUGUGGGUUUGGGAUUGCCAAUCCCCUCCCCACCCCUUUAUGAAUUGUACUGGCUGUUGACCACCAGACACCUGACUGCAAAUCUCUUUUCUUGUAUUCCCAUAUUUCUAGACAAUGAUUUUUGUAAGACAAUAAAUUUAUUCAUUAUAGAUACUUAUGCCUGCUCUGUUUACUUGGAGGACGAAGCACCCAUUGAGAAUAAACAGAUCUCAAUAAAUGAGAAUAAUCCUGUG